AUGGACGCAGUAAACCAUAUUAAACUGCGCGUUGAGCGCUCCACCGCCCCCGCGGUCCUCCGCGCCCUCCUCUCAUCCAUCUUCUUCCAACGCACGCUCGACGCCAUCGAGCCUGCAACCCUCGACAUCCUCGAUACACAUGUCGCCGUCUCCUCCACAACGCUCACGAGCGCCCCCGCCUCGGCGGUGGGCAAGGCGGCCGGCGCGCCCAUGCCCGUCGAAACCGGAAUCCAGCGCGAGAUCUCGGCAAAGGUCAUCGAGUUCACUAGGACUUUUGUGGAUACCAGACAGGAUGGGGGAGAGAUCGCGGUGGUCUUUAUGCAGCGCAAGAAUCGGAAGGGGUGGUUUGCUGUCACUGAGGCAUUGGUUCCAUGGGAAGAGCAUCUCAUCACAUUCACCUUUGUCACCCGCGCAACGCAGAACCCCCUCCCCGGCGCGAUCCUCCAAGUCCUAACCUUCUGCGCAAAACACAAGGCCAGCGUCCCGCCGCUGCUUGGUACACCGGACCAGAACAACCUCUCCCACGAGAUCAUCCUCUCCCCUCCUCCACCAGCAGAGUUCUUCAACCCUCCUACCUCCCCACGCGCCGCGGAACGCCUGUACUCUCCCCGUCCAGCUCAGGAUCCGACGACAACGACGACCACCGCGACAGCUAGGGGUGACCUGGCUCCAGUAUUCGCGCCCGUGCCCCUCUCUGCGCGGAGCCCGGGGUACGAACGCCUCUCCAACUCGCCCAUGACGGCAAUUAGCGACGCGGGGACCAGCGCAAUGGGGUACCUCGGGCAGGCGAAGGAUGGGCUGCUCGCUGUCGGCGCCAAGGCUGGUUGGCGAGCUCGGAGCGGCCAGUAG